GUUAGAUUUUCAUCUUCAUCUAUUAUUUCUUCAGUUUCCCAAAAUCAACACACCAAAUCACCACCCAAACACAUCUCCACUCUUAAGCACCAUUCUCAACUUUAUAAUUUCCUUCGUGUAAACUGCAGGUCAGGUAACUUUUCUCUUGAUGAAGCUUUUGAUUCCUUCAAUUAUAUGAUUCAUAUGCACCCAACUCCUGCUAUGUCUUCCUUCAGUAUUUUGUUUUCUGCACUUGUUAAGAAAAAACAUUUUGAUCAACUUCUUGUGAUGUACACGAGAUUCAUUUCAGCUGGGUUGUUGCGGAUUUCUUUAUUUUGAAUAUUUUAAUUGAUUGCUUAAGCAAAAUGGCACGCGAUUCUGAUGGUUUUGUAGUUCUUGGGAGUAUUUUUAGGAGGGGUUUUUACCCAGACGCUUUCACUUUUAGCAAUCUGAUUAAUGGUCUUUGUAUGGCGGGCAAGAUUAAGAAGGCCAUUGAAUUUUUUAGGAAAAUGGUUUCGGUUGGUUGUAGACCGGAUGUGGUUACAGUUGGGACUUUGAUUACUGGGUUGUGUAGAACUGGUAAUGUCACUGUUGCCCUUCAGUUGUUUGAAGAAAUGAAUAACGGGAAUGGUGAAUUUGGUGUCAUUUGUAAGCCUAAUACUGUUUGCUAUACUACAAUUAUUGAUGGUCUCUGCAAAUAUGGGUUAGUAGGCAAGGCAAAGAAACUGUUUUCAGAAAUGAAGACCAAGGGCAUUAAUCCAGACGUGAUUACUUACACCACUCUAAUUUAUGGUUUGUGUAAUACAUCUAAUUGGGAGGAGGCUAAAACUUUGUUUAUAGGGAUGUUGGAGGAAGGUGUAAAACCUAAUGUGGUGACGUUUAACGUGGUAAUUGAUAAGUUUUGUAUCAAUGGAAAGAUGGACGAAGCCAAUGGGUUGUUCCAACUAAUGAUUAAUAGAGGUGUUUGUCCCGACACAAUAACUUAUAACAGAUUUUUGAGUGGUUUUUGCUUGGCAGGUCAAAUUGAUGAUGCUAGAAGGCUAUUUGAUUCCAUGGCAAGUGUGGGGUGUAAGCCUGAUGUUUUUAGCUACAAUAUUUUGAUGGAGGGUUUAUGCUUGACAAAUAAAAUUGAUGAUGCCAAGGAACUUUUAGCCUCAAUGUUGAGUAUGGGAUGCACACCUGAUGUAGUUAGCUACAAUACUCUGAUCAAAUGGUAUUGCAAGAAUCGAAAAAUUGAUGAAGCUCUGAAUCUUUAUGAGGAAAUGACUUCAGAGGGAGUUAGGCCAAAUGUUGUUACUUAUAAUACCUUGCUAUCUGGGUUUUUUAUGAACGGUAAUGUCAGACAUGCAAAAAAGCUAUUUGAAUAAUGAGACUUUAAAAGUGGUGGAACUUCUUCACAAAAUGAAAGAGAGAAAUGUGAAACCAGAUGCAUCCACAGGUUCAAUAAUAUUAGAUUUACUGGGAAAGCAUGAAGAUUAUCGUGAAGUCCUGAAUUUGCUACCAUCCUUUUCAACCCAAGAACCAACAGGAUGUUGAUUGUUGAGUAAGUGCAUUUUCCAGGGGAGUAUAGCUUAUCAAGAGAGCCCUGGCAAACGUUAAAGUUUCCAUGUAAUGGUGUGUGUCAACAUUGUAGUGGUGAUUGUAUUUAUGUGAAUCCAUUAAUGAAGAAGUCAUAUAAUUGAAGUUAUAGAUUUUGUCUUCGUCUCUGUUGAUUUGGCUUGACUACCAAGUUGCUAUAUUAGUAUACAUCUUUGUUUCUGACAGUUGCCUAUUUUUGUUUUCAAAGGAAAAUACUGACAAAGAUGCUCGUAAGGUUGUAGAUGGUUUAGCACCUAAGGCCACUGAUCAAAAUGAUUCUAUUGAGAAAUGGUAUGAACAUGAAUGUCUCAUCUGAGUACUCUUAGUGCUACUUGUAAUAUACAUACAUAAAUAUAGUCUCUACAUUAUUUGUUCGUUUUUACCAAUCAAUGUUAGUAGGAAUCUUUAUUUCUUUGGAGAGAUGAAUCCCCUUGAUGAAGUCUCUAGUAAGAAGUUGGUGGUAGCUGAUGCUAAGUUGAACUUCGAUGAUGGUGCUGCCUUCCUGGUAGAAGGGAAUAUCUCUUGUGAUCCAUCACUAGAGGGUCCUUGAGAGGUUUCGAUAUAUUUACUUCUCGAUUUAUUUUUUACGUGGAAUAAUUAUUCUUAAUAGUAACUGCCAAACAAGUACACGAAGAUUCGAGUCUGGUUAGUGAUUAAGAGAGUUGUGGUGCUUUUUGGAUAUUCUAUAUGGCAACCAAAUUCUUCUGAUUAAUUUGGCGAUUUUCUUCUGCAUC